AUGAAUGCCGAGAGCUGCGUUGCCUUUUGCGACCCGUCCGCUGCCAUGGAGUCCUUCUACAGCGCCGCCUCGUCGCAGCCAAGGCAAAGCUUCGGCGCCGGGGACAGCAACGCCAGCAACGCCGCCAGCAGCAGCAGCAGCCCCAAGGGCCGGGGCCGCUACGCUCCGCCGGAAUGCCAGCAGCCCCUCGACGGCAACGGAGCCACCCAGCAGCAUCAGCAGCACCAGCAGCACCAGCACCUCUCCGCCGCUGCCUUUAGCAAGUACCAUCCGCAGCAGCAGCAGCAGCAACAGCAGCCUCCUCCGCCUCCUCCUCCUCCUCCUCCUCUCUACGGGCAGAGGAGCGCUUGCAAAAGCCCCCCCGACGGCAGCCUCAAGCUCUCGGAGCCCGGGCCCCACAACGGAGCCCUGCCGCUCUCCUGCUACGCUAAAGAGAGUUCCUUGGGAGAGACAGAGCUACAGCCAGGCUCAGAUCCUGCUGGAAUGGAUGGCAGUUACCUCAAUGUGAAAGAGACUGGAGUGAAGGUAUCUCAAGAGAGAGCAAGCAACGAUCUUCCCAGCCCAAUGGACAAGACUGAUUCAGAGAGCAACAAAGGCAAGAAAAGACGAAACCGCACCACCUUCACCAGCUAUCAGCUGGAAGAGCUGGAAAAGGUCUUUCAGAAGACCCAUUACCCAGAUGUCUAUGCCAGAGAGCAGCUAGCCAUGAGGACAGAUCUCACUGAGGCACGAGUACAGGUGUGGUUUCAGAACAGACGAGCAAAAUGGAGGAAACGGGAGCGGUUUGGCCAAAUGCAACAGGUUCGCACCCACUUCUCCACAGCCUAUGAGCUGCCCUUGCUAACUAGAGCAGAGAAUUAUGCCCAGAUCCAGAAUCCAUCCUGGAUUGGCAACAAUGGUGCCGCCUCUCCUGUACCUGCCUGUGUAGUGCCCUGUGACUCAGUGCCUUCCUGCAUGUCUCCUCAUGCUCAUCCCCAUGCAACUGGAGGAGUCUCUGAAUUCCUGAGCGUCUCAGGUCCUGGCACCCAUGUGGGGCAGACUCACAUGGGCAGCCUCUUUGGCAGUGCAGGUAUCAGUCCUGGCAUCAACGGGUACGAGCUGAAUGGUGAGCCUGACCGCAAAUCCUCCAGCAUUGCAGCUCUGCGGAUGAAAGCCAAGGAGCACAGCGCUGCCAUCUCAUGGGCAACAUGACAGGGCUGCAUCCAAUGCCCUCAUGACACUUGACAGAGCAGACAGGAACAGUCAAGCCAAUCCAUCCACUCUUGGACUUGAGGCAGCCAGUGCUCCUCCUCAGAGAUCUGAAUGCAGCACUUUUAGCUACCUUGGGUGUAAUCACAUUGAGUAUUUUACCAUAUUUGGAGUGUUUUAACCAUAGGGGGACUUUUUUGUUCCCUACACAAGGACAGACAUUUGGAAGGAAAUCGUGGGUGUUUCAAUCACACCAGACAAGUUUAUGUUUUUUGUUCACAUGGCAUGUUUCCCUUAUAGAGACACUCUCUUGAUGGCCCAUGAAAAAGGACACUCAUUCCACCUGCUUCCUCUGACACCAAGGGUGCUUCCAGAUAAGAUUUUUAUCCUGCAAUCACCAUAAAAAUUAAUGGAAACAGUCCAGAAGAUGUUAUCUUCCAUUUGUAACACCCUCCAGUAUUUCCUUGCUGCUUUGCCCAUCUUUUUUGCUUGCCCCAGAAAAGAAGAGAAACACAAUAUAGCCACCCAAGACCUCAAAAUUUGCAAGGCAGGUUUUUAUUAAUUUGCCUGCUUAUAGGUACUUGCAGGGGUGGCGGGGUGGCAAAUUACUUUCCCCAUGUGUCUUCAUUGAAACAUCCUUAGAUAUGAAAACCCUUACAAGCACAAUGUGUACUUAAAAGUGCCCUCCAUGCAUAUAGUGUAGCUUACUCCAAAGUAAGAGUGCAUAGACUAGAUUUUGUGCAGCCUUUAUUAUUUCUGGGAGGGUUCAGAGACAAUAGCUGCCAUAAUAUUUUUUUAGUGCUUGAUCAUUUGGUACACUUCUGAUUUAUAAUGCCUGAGGAGAGUCAACUACAUGGAAAGCUAGGUAGUCCAACAUUUCCAAAUUAUUUGGGGGGGGGGGGGGGGCUCAGCACCCCUGUCUAGUCCUGGGGAGUGGGACUCUGUCUCCACCUUCGCCCCUUUCCAGCAUCCUGCAAGACCCCAAACAAUCCUUUGAUUGUGUAGCACUAAGAGCUGAUUAUCUGGAUGUGCUCCAAAUUUCUGUUUUGAAAAAUGAUAACACUCAGAUCACAAUUUCUGGUUGAAUAGUUCCCACAUGAACUAUUUCAACUCCAUGUAUUCUAAUGACACAGACAGGUUUAUUAGGCCCGAUAACAGAACAUUAUGGUUGCUAUAAAUGUAGUUGGCUAGUAACAGAGUGAAUCAGGGGUGUAUAUGUGUGUGUUGAGUAUAAAGUAUGUUGAUUCAUCACACAGGACACCAGGCAAAUAGAGGUUGUCCCACAUCUUAAUGUCCAACUGAAAUUGAGCAAAAGAUGCAUCAAUUGCCUCAUCUUUCAUUUAUCUCCUUCUCUGGAAUCUAUCCUUUUCCAACCUGCUGUUAUAAACAUGACUCCUAGGGUCUCACACAACAAGCAAGGCUUCAACACAUGGUAAAACUAACAGGAGAAGCCAAAACAGUGUCAUCUCCUGAGUCAGCAGAGAUUACACUGGUACAGAGGAAUAUCCAAAUUGCAGAUCAACAACCCUGCUUUUCUCAUUCAAUUGACAAGCAAAGGACUUAUAGGAUGGUACAUUCUGAAGUAGCAGAUUUUGUGGAAUCUCUUGUGUUUAUUGGUACAGGUUGAGUCUUUCUUAUCCAAAAUGCCAGGGGCCAGAAUUUUUUUGGA